AAUCUCAAAGCCUUCACGUCGUCAGAAAUCUCAAAAAAUGCUUAAACCAUAUCAGUGGGCCUUGGCCAUAGUGUUGCUGUUUGCCUGUAUCAAUUGGGUGACAAAUGCAUCACCACGUCAUGGCCACCACGCCCAACGGCGGCCAAACGCAACGCGUAUUACUCCAGCUCAAAUUCAUCAGGUGCACGGGCAUAAUCAUCAUCAUCAUCAUCAUCACGUGCACCAUAAUCAGACUUGGAAUCAAGGAGGCAAAGUCAAUCAUACUCUGAGUGCACCGGGUUGGCAGGUUGGUCACGGCAAUGCUAGUCAACCUUGGCCAGUUGGUCAGAGGAAUGCCAGUUGGACGGAUUCGACCCAUCACCCGGGGCAAGCACCAACUUAUCCCACACAAUCCAUAGGGGGCGGGACUUUUAAUCAAACUUCUUGGCAUCCUGCUGGAUCAACCACCAAUCAGACUCAAUAUGCUUGGCCUCAGCAGGCGGCACAGCCAGACGCCUUUGCGACAGCAUCAUUUCCCUUAGGUAUUCCCAUUCCAGGCAGUGUGUGGUCGGCACCACAGGCCCCGGCAGCUGCACCACCACAACCUUUAUUGCCUGCUCCUGGCUAUAAUUCAACCUUAAAUGGAACCUUGUUCAACUCAAAUGGAACAUGGACCGCCCAGAAUACGACUAGUUCUCCUCUUGUUGGUAACCAACAAUUGGCCGCCCUCUCACCCCCAAAUGCUGCUUCAAACGCCGUUGUUCCAUCAAAACCAAAUAAUGCCAGCUCCAAUCCGUAUGCAAAUCUCUUCAAUUAAACAAACUGCCCCAAAUAAAGUUACAAAAUCAAGACGACAAAA